CUGGUAUAAUUAGUCGACAAGUUCAGCAGAAACCCCACUUUGUUUGAGGAAUAAGGUACGGAUGAUGGCUGAUUUCAAGGUAGCUCGCAAGGCGUGGCGAUCUUUGAGUGGUUUGUUCGCAGUCUACAAACCAGAAGGACUAUCAACUCAGAAAGUCAAACAUAUUGUGAAGUCUACUCUCCUACAAGAGCUGAAUGCGCUGAAGCAGCGACCGCAGAACACGCUGGUGAAGAUUGUCCCGGAGACCGAUGCCCGGUUGACUGCCGCCAACCCUGGUGCCUUGAAGGCUGUGGAGGUACCCAGCUACACAGAUCAUCCUAUGGUGAGGGGACCGGCCUACAGGGACAUUGCUGUUUCCGUGGUGUCCUUGGGACUGGACACCAAGGCGUGUGGUGUUAUGGUCUUGGCUGUACGGGAUGGAAGGAAGCUCGUCAAUCAGUACCAAGCAGCGAGAUUACCGCGGCAGUACACCGUAAGAGGGCGCUUUGGGGUGGCAACGGACACACACGACAGUGAAGGCAAGAUUUGGCAGAAGACAACAUAUAACCACAUCAACAUGGAGAAGCUGGAUCGCAUCACUUCCAGAAUCCACCGCAGCUACCAGCGGGAACUGAUCCGCCAGUCUGGCGUGGACGUCCACAGCCAGGAGGCCUACGAGCUGGCAGUGAGGGGGCUGCUACACCCCGUAGGAAGGACGAACCCUCUUCUGACGGACGUCGCAUGUACCAUGUUUGAGCCUCCAGUGUUUGAGCUAGAGGUUACCACCUAUGCGGACACGGCUCAGUACCUCCGGAAAGUCAUCCAUGAUAUUGGCCAAGAACUCAAGUCCUCGGCCAUUGCCACCCAAGUAAGAAGGACACACGACGGACCAUUUAACAUCGACAAUGCCCUGCUCAAGAAACAUUGGAAGCUAAAUCACAUAGCCGACGCCAUCAAGGAAUGUCAGCCGUUAGUUCGGCCUUCAGAACUCGUCCCAGUUAGUCAGGGUCGAGAUGCUGUUGGGGUGAUGCAGGGGGUAGACCAAAAGUGGAAUCAGGUUUAUCAGGAUUGACAGGACAGUCAUGAAGACUACUGCUAACCAGAAGUGUCAGUCAGUGGUUAUACCUUCAGAGCUUCAGGGUCGGAAGGCUUUUAAGAUAAUGCAGAAGGUAGAAGAGAAGUGCUAUCAAGUUUAUUAGGAGUGUGAUAGGAGAGUAUUGAAGACUAACAGGAAAGUGUGCCAAUUAAUGAAGCAUUGAGGUGGUCCCAGUUAGUCAGUUUCAGAUGACUGUUUGGUGAUGUGAGAACCAUUCAUAGGUGGAAGUAAAGAGUGAUGAGACAGUAUUGAAAACUACUGCCAUCUUGGAAUGUCGGCCAUGGGAUAAACCAUUAGGGUGGUCCUGGUUAGUCAGGGUCAGAAGACUGUUAAGGUGAUGCGAGUGACAGACUAUAGGUGUAAGCUGGUCCAUCAGGAUUGAGGGGACAGUAUUGAAGUCUGCUUCCAUUCUGGAGUGUCGGCCGGGGAUAAACCGUUAAGGUGGUCCCGGUUAGUCAGGGCUGGAAGACUAACGGUGAUGCGAGUGACAGACCAUAGGUGUAAGUGAGUCCAUCAGGAUUGAGGGGACCGUAUUGAAGACUGCUGUAUUGAAGACUGCUUCCAUUCUGGAAUGUCGGCCUCUUGUUAAACCAUCAGACCUGGUGCUGAUUUGAGAGGGAAGUAAGCUAGAGGGGUCAUUGUUCGACGGCAAGGGCCAAGCCUUUUGAACUGAUUUUCUUAAUGUGCAAUUACACUAAUACAUGGUUCGAGACCAACCAGGGAACCUACAGCUAAAAUUCUAUUUGAGGAGCUGGAUAAGAGAGGAUGGUUGAAUUGCCCAGUCUAACGAUCACCUGAAUGCUAACUUUGAAAUAUCUCUUUGGAUUGAGGUGGGAGGUGGCGAAUCACAAAAUCAGAAAAAUUUAUAAGUUGAUUUUUAAAACCUAUGAGGUAUUUAAUAAACUUUAUGAUCUCAAGAACCCAUGUACCCGUAUACUGAUUCCGUAAUUCUGUUUCUUGUAAGUUUAUGCUCUGAAAAUUUAUCAAAAUCCUAGGAUUUGGUCUUGUGUAAUCAGGUAUAUGUCCUUUUUUUCUGAAUCUCACUCUUUUUCUCUCCCUUUCUCAUCUCCAAGUUUCCCCCAUAUUAUUCACACUUGCCAAUUCCCUCCUUUCUUAAUACCCCUACUCUUUUCUGCAUGCCUUUAUAUUGCUUCGUCUGUUUUUCUCUUCCUUUCUCAGAUUUUUUUUGUUACCCACCUCGCCAUUUCUUUGUCAUUUCCAUUUUCCAACUCUCUCCGUCCCUCCUUGUCAGAGUUGUUAAUAGAGAGAGAGUUCGGCCAACCCUGGCUGUUUCGAUGGGUUAUCAACAUCGUGCAUAUUGCUGUUAGGCAGGCCCAAUUCAAAGGAAAUUGCGCCAUGUUGGUAACCCAUUGAAACCGGGUUGGCCAAACUCUAUUUAUGGCUCUGCUCUUUGUAAUGGAAUAGCGCCAUCUGUGGCGAGAGACAGUGUAGUGCACAUGAUUGGUCCAGAUAACUUGGCUGAACCCAAAAGUAGACAAGUUUGAAAGCCUCCGAUUUAAGUAGUUGUGAUACUGUGAUUUAGUUAUCAGUUACAGUAGUAGAGGAAAUGACCCUCCCUCCUUUCUACUUGUCUCUCGUUAUUCUGCCAGUCCAUUCCCUUCUUACACACUGCAUCCAACACCCCCCCCCCCAACUCUUUCUUCCCCAACUGUCUCUCUCCCAUUUUUAUAUCAUUGGUUUAUAAGCCAGCUCACGGUUAGCUCAUGAUCAACUUUUCUCAAAACUGACCUUCAUGAUUUUUAUUAGGAUGAGCACUAACAUUUUCAAAUGAAGAUGUUGCGUAAGUUUUCCCGGCAAAGCAUUCAAAUUCUUUGAAUGAAAGGCAUUGUAUAGACCUGUGCUGACCGCACACAAACGUUGUUAGCCUUUAAUACAGAGCACCAACAGUAAGCCCAGUCCAGAUUGUGAAGUCAGAACAUUUAUUUCAGUGUGUAAGUAAUACAUUGAUGUAACAUUAGACAUUGCUGCCACAAUACCGGUUGUAACAUGGCCCUGUUAGCGCUAACGUUUCUGUGUGGUCAGUACAGGUGACUAGAAUAGUACAUCAGGGGUAAAGUUUGGAAAUCUGUCUGUUUUAUUGUCUGCUUUUGGCACACUUGACUACUGUUUGGGCUUAAUUCUGUCAAAUACCAGUGAUUAUGAAGACUUUCAUACUCCUCAGCUUGGAUGUGAUAAAAAGAUUAUUUUAAAAGGAAUACUAGUACAUGAAAAAUCACCAAAUCACAAAUGCCUAUGUCAGUGAAUUUGAAAACCAGCUUCCUGGUUUAUCUCAAUAACUGACGUUUAACUGCUCGUGCGCAGUUUUAAAGUGAUCAUUUCACUUUGUUCUGAUUAAAAAAAUUCUCAUUUUGGUUCUUGAAAAUGGGCUAAACAUUAGGCUUGUAGUGUACAAAUACCAUCCUAAAAGUUUCAAAGUAUUUUAUCUACAGGAUCAAUUUUAAAACCUUGGAGAUGUAAACCAAAGUUUGAAAAUAAUUGGGAGUUGGUUUCAAUGACUUCAUGUAUGUGUAUAGAGCGAAUCUGUGCAACACAACACAUCAACUCUAGAUGAAACCAGCAUGACCUACAUACAGUGUGUACAAGGUAUACACUGAAUGUACAGUGCAGCUAAUAAUAGCAUGUGUAUAGGAGAUACACAGAGCAGAAGGCAGUCAACAUAGCCAACGGACUUUUUGAAUUGGAGAAAACAGGUCAUAAGCUGGAACCCAUCUACUAGACGGUUCUCAAAAUCAAGCUAAUAAAUUGCUACUUGUAUC